ACGAGGAAGAUUGUUCCAAAUACGAGAGAGGGUUCUAGCGAGACGAGAGCGGCCGUGAGAGAGUAGAAGUGAAGGGAGAGAGAAACGAAGCUCAAUCGCGAAGUGAUAGGUCGAGACGCGGCGACGGCAAGAGUUUUUAUAUUUUCGGCCUCGGCGCGCUUUUUUCUUUGUGCCAGGUGCUAAAGGAAAACAGAGAAAGCAAUAGCUGAGCCUCCGCCGCCUGUGAAGAAAAAGAACAAACAAGAAGAGGGUGCAGGAAUGGGGGAUCACUUCAACACCCGGACUGUGCCUCCGCCGCUCGGGUCUAGAAUAUGUGUGAAGAAUUUGCCAAAAUAUGUGGGUGAGGAUCGCAUUCGAGAUUUAUUUUCUCGGAAAGGAGAAGUGACAGAUGCGAAGCUAAUGCGAACCAAGGAUGGUAAGAGUAGGCAGUUCGCUUUUAUUGGGUUCCGCACAGAGCGUGAAGCUGAAGAAGCCAUCAAAUACUUCAACAGAUCUUACGUUGAUACUUGUAGGAUUACUUGUGAGAUUGCUCAUAAAGUUGGGGAUCCAAAUAUGCCUCGUCCUUGGAGUCGAUACUCUUUGAAGAAAGAAGGAACAGUGACUGAAGAGGGGAAGAAACUUGCUGGUGCUAAAAUUUCAAGCCUUGCAGAAUCUAAAGGAGAGAAGAAUAUUAAAAAGGGUAGCGAGAAUGAUGAUCCUAAACUCCAGGAAUUUCUUCAGGUCAUGCAACCACGCAUGAAGUCAAAAUUGUGGGCAAAUGAUACACUAAUAGCAUCUACUGCGGUCCAGAAUGUCAAUGUCAGUGAGAAGGAAACUCAAGACAAGGAGGAGCGCAAAGAUAAAUCAGUUCCAGUGCACGUUGGGUUACCUGAGCCUGAGAUAUCAGGUAACCAUGAAGCUAAAAAAUCACAUAAUCUUGCUCAUGAUGAAGUCAUUUCCGAUAUGGAUUACUUCAAGAGUAGAGUAAAACAAGAAUGGUCAGAUUCAGAAAGUAACGAGGAUGAUAACCACGACAAAGAUGACAACAGUAGAUCUCUAAAAGAAAGCCUUGAGGGCCAGGCUGCUCAUAAAGUAGAUUCAAAGGGAUCAAAUACUGCCUCUAGAGAGGGUGUCCCCUGGAAAGAUGUUGAAGAGGAAGACCCUUCCCAGGACCCUGACAGUGAAAUACCUAAACCAGGGAACCAAUCAUCAAGCUUGAAAGUUGAGAAAGAAGUUCUUGAGACUAGACGUCUUUUUGUCCGUAAUCUGCCAUAUACAGCAACUGAGGAGGAACUAGAAGAGCAUUUUAGUAAACUCGGUGAUGUCUCAGAGGUCCAUAUUAUUAUUGACAAAGAGACGAAACGGUCCAAAGGACUAGCUUAUAUUCAUUAUGCAGUUGCAGAAUCUGCAGUGAGGGCAUUAGAAGAAUUAGACAAUUCAAUUUUCCAAGGCCGAUUAAUGCAUGUUAUGCCAGCAAAACAAAAAAAAUCUUCUGACCAGCAGGAGACUGAUGUUUCUGCCAGCCAAACUUCAAAAAGUUUUAAGCAAAAGAGGGAGGAAGAGAGGAAAGCAUCUGAAGCUGGUGGGGAUACUAGAGCGUGGAAUAGCUUGUACAUGCGUCCUGAUACGGUUGUCGAAAACAUUUCUAGGAAAUAUGGUGUAAGUAAAGGUGAUUUACUUGAUCGGGAAGCUGACGAUCUUGCUGUGCGUAUAGCGUUGGGAGAAACUCAAGUAAUUGCAGAGACUAAAAAGGCUCUUACAAAUGCUGGAGUAAAUGUAGCAUCUUUAGAGGAAUAUGCUGCUGGGAAAGUUGAUGGUGUGAAAAGAAGCAACCAUGUUCUGUUAGUGAAGAACUUGCCAUUUGCUUCUUCUGAAAAUGAAUUGGUCAAGAUGUUCAGCAAAUUUGGGGGUUUGGACAAAAUUAUUCUUCCUCCGACAAAAACGUUGGCCUUGGCUGUUUUCGUUGAACCAGCUGAAGCUCGUGCAGCUUUUAGAGGUUUAGCAUACAAGCGUUACAAGGAUGGUCCACUAUAUUUGGAAUGGGCUCCUGACAAUAUCCUUAGUCAAAGUUCAACAUCCAAGACUGAUGAAAAAGAUAAUGCCAUUGGUGAACAUGAUGCCAAGAGGGUAAUACUGGAGCAACAAGUGGAAGGAUUAAACGAUGUGGAUAUCGAUCCUGAUAGAAUUGAGUCGCGAUCUCUAUUUGUCAAGAAUCUGAAUUUUAAGACUGCCGAUGAGAGUUUGAAAGAGCAUUUUAGUGAUCACAUGAAGGAGGGAAGAAUUUUAAGUGCCAGGGUGAAGAAGCACUUGAAAAAUGGGAAGAAUGUUUCGAUGGGUUUUGGUUUCAUCGAGUUUGAUUCUGUUGAGACAGCCAUCAAUGUUUGUAGAGACUUACAGGGAUCUGUUUUGGAUGGGCAUGCUCUUCUCUUGCAACCUUGUCAUGCUAAGAAGGAUGAGCAAGCGGAGAAAAAGGUUGCAAAGGAUAAGAGUUCAACCAAAUUACUUGUAAGAAAUGUAGCAUUUGAGGCAACAAAGAAAGAUCUGAGAGAGCUAUUUAGUCCAUUUGGCCAGAUCAAGAGCCUAAGGUUGCCAAAUAAGUUUGGAAAUCAUAGAGGGUUUGCAUUUGUGGAGUAUGUUACGAAGCAAGAGGCAGCGAAUGCACUUCAAGCACUUUCGAGCACUCAUCUCUAUGGUCGGCAUCUGGUUCUUGAUAGAGCAAAGGAAGGUGAGAGCUUGGAAGAAUUACGAGCUAGAACAGCUGUUCAAUUUGCUGAACAACAGAAUGGGUUUCAAAAUUCAACUAAUUUAUCCAAGAAGCGGAAGCACAUGGCCAUCCAGGGUGAAGGAACACUGAAGUUUCAAAGGAUUGCUGCUGAUUAGUGAGUGCUUUCAUGUCGUUGUCGUGUAUUAUAAAUGGCAAGGCAUAAAUGGCUUUUCCUCUAGGUUAUAAUCUCUCUCUCUCUCUCUCUCUCCCUCUCCUUUUUUUUCUAAAAAAAAAAAAAAAUUAAUUAAAUAUAGGUCCCGUUUUUGCUUGUUAGGGGCCGGUUAUCUUUUACAUCCCCGACCUUAUGAGCCAAGGGGGAGAGGAGUGGGGCGCCAAACCCCUUCCCCUUUGUGUAAUAUUGCCUGCGCAACUUGGAAUAUUUAGAACCUUAUCAUUUCUUAAUCUCACAUAUAAUUGUCAUGA